AUGAAUCCAACUCUGAAAAAAUUGGGAGAUAAAUGCACGGUGUUGCCCGAAACGUGGCUUCGGGGCCUUUCACCUAGCACAGUUCCAAAAAGCCAAUUUAUCGUAAAAUAUACCCGAUCGAGCGGUCCAGGUGGUCAAAAUGUUAACAAAGUGAGCAGCAAAUGUACAUUGAAAUUAAACGAAUUUUCUCAGCCGACGACUUGGAUUCCCCAGGAAGUUCAACAACAACUUAUUUCCAAGAAAAUGCGAUACUAUAAUCCCACGAGUGACACUCUUGUCAUUCAGUCUGACAAAUUUCGAAGUCGCGAUGCUAACAGACAAGAUUGUCUUGAAAAACUGGUCGAGACAAUCAAAACGACCUGCUUCUUCACCGAACCCACAGAACAGGCAACUGUCGAUCGAUGGAACUCCAUCAAGAAAAAUUCAAACGAACGUCGGCUUCGCAAUAAAAAGCUCAGUGGUCAAAAGAAGAAAGCAAGAUAUGAGCCCACCUUUGAAUGA